UGUGUGACUUCACUUCUUGUCAGUGGGUCCGUCUCUCUCUCUCUCUCUCUCUCUCUCUGUUUCUCAGGUGAUGAUGGACACUCAGAAGGAAGCUCUGUGCCGGAUCAUCAGCACGUUGGCCAAUAAGAAUGAAGAGCUCCAAACCUUCCUGGAAACAGUCGACAACACACUGACGGGACUGCAGGAGGAGUCGUGUUCGGUGAUGUCAGAGCUGGAGGCGGAGCUCGAGCAGCUAAGCUCUGCCUUGGAGGAGAGGGGGGCGUGGCUUCGUGACGUCAUUAAAGAGGAGAAGCAGAGGAAAGAGGCAGAGCUUCAGAAGCAACUGUCGGAGGGAAAGUCGGCUGUUUUGUCGUGUGAAGAACUGCUCGAGUUCGCCAAUCAGACGCUGACGAUUACCAACGAAGAAGAGUUCCUGAAGGCUGCAAAACAAAUCAAAGAAAGGAUAACAAUGGCUCCAGCGUUCCGGCUGACGACUCGUCCGGCGGUUUCGGAGAACAUGUCUCAGUUUACCGUCGACUUCAGCGCCGAGAGGGCAGGGCUUCAGCGACUUCACUUCCUGUCUGUUCCCGGAGCUCCAGAGAUCGACGUCUCCGGCUGCCUUGUCUGUGACAACACAGUCAGGGUUGCCUGGCAACCGGCCAGCGAGGCUGAUGGCGAGGGCGAGGUCGGACGAAUCGAACACUAUGAACUCGAAUACCGAAAAACAAACCGUGAAAGCUCGCUGAGAGCCGCAGGAGAGGCAUGCUGGGAAAAAAUCCCCGACAUCAGAGACACACAUGUCACCAUCUCAGGUCUGAAGUUUGACUCCCGCUUCGUCAUCGUUCGAGUUAGAGCGAGAAACAAAGCAGCUGCUGGCGAGUUCUCUGAGCCUGUCACCUUGGAAACCAGAGCGUAUAACUUUGGGUUGGAGGCGGCGACAGCGCACGCGGAGCUGCAGGUUCGGGGCGACACGGUGACCUGGGAGCCUCAGGGGGUCAAAGGUCACGACCCCCGCCUGAGAGGAAAAGAGAACAAAAGCAGCAGCAGAAGCGCCACGCCGUCGCCCAAUAAGACGGCAGGAAAUCGAGCCGGACGCGACCGAUUUGCCGGAGAGUCGUACACUGUGCUCGGCGACCAGGAGAUGACUGGCGGCUGUCACUACUGGGAGCUCCGGCCCCUCGCUGACUGGAAGUCCUUCAGUGUGGGCGUGGCCAAUCGGGCCACCCUGGGCCGCUUCGACCAAUUAGGGAAGAGUUCUGGGUCCUGGUGUCUCCAUGCCAGCCAAUGGCUGCAGAGCUCACUCGCCGCCAAACACAACAACCGAGCCAAGGCCCUCGAUUGGCCGCUGCCGCAACGAAUUGGAAUCUACUGCGACUAUGACAACGGAGAUCUAUCGUUCGUCGAUGUUGAUCGACUUCAUCUUCUUCACUCCUUCAAAACAAAGUUCAGCCAACCACUCGUCCCCGCCUUCACCGUUUGGUGUGGUGGUAUCACCAUAACGACGGGCCUCCAGGUGCCGAGCUUCAUGGGUAAUUUCCUCUCCACCAAUCGGAGCCUCAGCAACCUGUCGCAGUAGAUCAACCUAUAAGCUGUUUUUAUUUUUAUUAUUUUCAAUAACUGUCAUUAAUUUAUUCAUUUUAUAUUUGUAUUUAUGAAUUUUAAUUUAAUAAAUAAAUAAUAGGCUAUUAUAUAGAAAUACCUUGUGAAUUAUUAAAUAUGAAUUAAAAAUGUGAAAUAAAUGUUAUCAUAUAAAAAGACCUGUAAUGAAUUAAGAAAAUAUAUUUUAUUAAUUGUUCCUCCCUCUUUUAUUUUGAAAGUCUGGACCUGACGCCACAGUUUUAGUUUAAGUGCUUUUACAUUGAAGAUGUACUAAUAUUGUCUGUUAGCUCAGGCUUUUAUUUUGACAGAUUUUGUCCAGAAAACAGCAAGGGUUGCAAACGCCGGCCGUAUUAAAGUUGUGACCUCAGCGGCUUCCCGUAGAAACAUUUCUUCUAAACGGCGGACCGGUGGUUUCUUUAAAGAUAGUAACAGAAAAACUAAGCUAUUCCCUCUGGCUUUAGUUUUAAAGGCUGUAACAAGAUGUAAUUUGUUGUGAAGUUUCUGUGUGAGAUAAUUUUAUUAUCAAAUACUUCACUAGAUAUGUCGUAUUGUGCAUGCCUAAUGGCUUUUAUUUUGAAGGUUAGGAUAGAACGACCUGUCAUUUUGACGACAUCACUGACUUUUAUUGUGAGAAUAAAUAUGAAAUUGUACUUUUAUAGAUUUUUCUUGAUGUUGAGAAUCAUUCAAUUAAAUGUUAAUAUCUGA